CCCCAGCGGGAAGAAAUUUCGCAGCAAACCUCAGCUGGCCCGAUAUCUGGGCAAUGCUGUGGAUUUGAGCUGCUUCGACUUUCGGACGGGCAAAAUGAUGCCGAGCAAAUUGCAGAAGAAUAAACAGAGAUUGAGGAACGAUUCCCUGAAUCCCAGUAAGGGGAAACCCGACCUGAACACGGCCCUCCCCAUCCGUCAGACAGCUUCCAUCUUCAAACAGCCCGUCACCAAAGUCACCAACCACCCCGACAACAAAGUCCGCUCCGACCCGCAGCGCCUCGCCGACCAGCCCCGCCAGGUACAGCCCCCAAAAAUCCACCCCAAAAGACCCCAGUCCCCAUUUCCCCCGCAAAUAGCCCCCAAGUACCCCAUUCCCCCCCCCAAAUCCCACCAGUGUUCCCCCAAAUCCACACCUUUCCCUCUCAAGUCCCUGGUUUUGCCCCAA